GUUGUGGCUUUUGCGUCACUGGCCCAAGCUGAGAAUGGAUAUGGGUACCAGGCACCCGUGCUAUCAUUGCAGCAGCAAUUACCACAGAUAGGUCAAAGCAAUAACUUUAAUGCACAGCAGUCAGUCUCACACUCGGCGAUUCAGAACAACUUUAUCAGUACAUCUAACGGGCAGCAUCUGCUGAACAACCAUCAUAACUAUUACUACAACGGGUUUGGAAACAAUGUCCAUGGAUCAGUCCCUAAUAUUCAGCCCCAAAGUCCCGUGAACAUUCCGCCACCGCCAGUGCAGGCGAUUGUCACGAAACAUAUCUAUUUCCACGUCCCACCGCCUGACAUCGAAGACCGACCUGUUCAGCGACCAGUGACAGCCAACAGGAAAAAGUCUUACAAUAUUGUAUUUAUCAAAGUGCCUUCUCAAGAAGUUCCACGCAAUCUGUAUGCAGCAGUAGAAGACAGAACCCUUAUUUACGUGCUAGUGAAGAAACCUGCAGAUGAAUCACAGGUUUUGAGGAAACCAUCGCCGCCUAACCAUGAAGUGUUUUAUGUGAAGUAUAAAGGAAAUACAAACAACGUAGUGUCACAAAUAAGCAGUGGUGGUGUACCACAACAAAAUUUCGGGCCAAGUUUAAGACCGGGACUUAUAAAUGGUCAGUAA